AUGAGUAACAACAACAAUGCUUCUGGUAACUCAAGAAUGAGCGAACUUUUUGAUCAAUGCGAUCGUGGACAGAAGGGUUAUCUGACUAAAGAAGAUUUACAUCAAGUUUGCCCGCAACUUUGUGAUGAAGAAAUUGUUUUUAUUUUUUCUUGUUUGGAUACUAACAAUUCGGGGUUUAUUGAUAAAGAGGAAUUUUGUGCUGGCUUUGAAGAAACUUUAUUUAAAGGGGAAUCACGUGGUUUUGGUGGAAUGCAUCGUAAAAUUAGUUCGAACGAGUAUUAUGGGGAUGCUCCAGAGGAAAGAUUGGGAAGUCAAGGAAGGAUGGAAAUAGUUGAAGAAGAUAUAGAAAAUGAAGUAGAUGGUGAAGGAGGAAGUAAUAAUGAAGAAGGGACUAGUAAAGGAAUACAAAGACGAAGGCCUAAACCUCCAAGACUUACAAAAAAUCAGUCAUUAAGAGGACCACCACAAAUGACUUUGGAUAUUCCUUGGUAUAAGGAUGAAGUUCUACAGCUUUAUGAGGAGCUCCAAUCCUCUGGCGUGCCACAAAUUAUGAACCGAUUUGAGGAAGUCGUAGGGAAUUUAUGUCGAGAAAUAGACCAAAAACGCGAUGAAAAUGAAAAACUUCAUCAACAACAAAGAGUUGAACGAGAAAAUUAUAAUAAGAGAAUGCAGGCACUUGAAAAUGAGAUAGACCAGCAAUUGUUAAUAGCUGAAAAGAAGGCCCGAGAGGAGGAACGCGAAAAGUUGGCCAAAGAAAAGGAAGAACUAAAAGAACGUCUUGAAUCUGAAAUGGCCGAACUUCAAGGAAAUAUUGAACAUUUACAAAAAAUGGAAAAAAUGUUGAAAAAGGAAGCACAAAAGAAUGGAAAUCAAGAAACUCUAAAAGAAAAAUUGGAGGAUAUUGCCAGAGAGAAUCGAACAUUGAAAAAUAAUUUGGCAGAAAAUCAUUUAGAAAUGACUUUAAUUAAAGCAGAAUUGGCUGAAAUUAAAUCAGAAUAUGAGAAUAAAACACUCUUACAAUCUCUUAAUGAUCAUAGCCAACCUAGUGCUAUUGAAGCUGAACAAAUACAAAGACAACUACAAUUACUUUAUGAUGCUAAUAAACGUCUCCACGAUACUAAUGGGAAUUUACGUGAUGCACUUGAUCAGAGGACUUCGGUUAUUAAGCAAAUGCAUAUGCUACAUCAGACUCCAUCAUUCGGCACUUAUUUAACACCUUAUUCUCGACAUGACUCUGCAACUUCUUAUCCAGAUGGCGGUUCUUACUCUCCUGCUUCUCACCAUCUCCCUAAUGCGACGACAAUUAAUGAUGACGACAAUGACUCAGGAUUCCCUCAACGUGGAGGCUGCUCACGCACUACAUCCUCUUCUGAUUUGGAAUUAUUUCGCUGUGCUUCUGUGGAUGCUCAAUCAACUAUGACAGGUGGACUAGACCCUCACCAACAACAUAUGUUAAUGAUGAGGCAAUUUCCGCCUGGCUCUAAUAUGAUGAAUGGAAUGUGCAUUCAAGAAUUUUCGGGUACCCCAGAUAGAACAUUCCGUGUUGUAAUGUGUGGUGAUGCUUCUGUUGGCAAAUCUUCAAUAAUUAUGCGAAUUAUUAAAGGAGCAUUCCAACCUAAUAUUGCCAGCACUUUGGGAGUUGAUUUUCAUGUAAAAAGUGUUAGAGUUGGUACUCAAAAUAUAGCUGUACAAUUAUGGGACACUGCCGGCCAAGAAAGAUUCCGAAGCCUUUGCAAUUCUUAUUUUAGACGGGCUGAUGGAGCUAUUCUUGUUUAUGACUGCUCUAUAGAUCGUUCAUUUUUACGUAUUCGUGACUGGAUUGAAACAGUGAAGGUCGAUUCAACAAUGAAGGAAGUGCCUAUAUUGUUGGUUGCCAACAAAAUUGAUUUGCGCAAUGCUCCAGGUGCUCAUGAAAAUGUUUCUAGUUUUGUUUCAAAAAAGGAAGGAGAAAAUUUGGCCGAGUUAUUGUCUACCGAUUUUAUUGAAACUAGUGCUUUAGAUGGAACUAAUGUCGAGACUGCUUUAUUACUUCUUGUUGGUGCAAUGAUGAAAUCGGAAGAUGACCAUUUAAAACAAACUGCGUUAAUAUUACAAAGUUCUGACAAAAAGAAAUGGCGGUGUAUGAGCUGUGGAAAUUGA